UGCCAAUAUUCAGCCUAUGACGAGCACCUUGUUGCCAACCUCUCUGAUUUCGGCACGUGCAUCCCCACCGCCCAGCCUCACCGCAUCGUGUCCUGCCAGUUCAUCCUCGAUCCAUUCCCAGCAAUUUCUCCGAUCGGACAGGUAAAAUUCCAGAGCUCUCAUCUUCAAUCUCAUCGGCAUUCAUCGUACAUUCACUUUUAUCAUCACUUUCUUCAGCUAGAUACCCCGCAUUCCUCAUCGCCGACCUCGAAUUCAGCCCACGAUCUGAUUCUCGACUCCAUUGUGCCAUCUCAACCCGAUCCAAGGCGCUAGAUCGUUAGUGGCCGAUUGUCUGGAGCAACCAACCCACUGAGCCCGCUCACCACAGCAGAUCCACGGUUCAGCUCUCUUGUUUACCGCCGCCAAAACAUACUCACCUCCAGCCAGCCCAGCCCAGCCUUGUCGCCCUCUUCCUUUCUCAUCCACUUUCCUUUCCUUCCCCCAUCUUGCCCUCUGUACUUUUAUCAAUUUGUUCUGUUUUCUUACUGUUUGACUCUGGUUCCUUCUAGGCCAAUUCAAAUCCACAUGAUUGCCUGAGUCGCCAGAGCGCGAAUAGCUCUUUGCCCAUCAUGUUCAAGGCCCUCAUGGGCGGCGGCCGCUCCUCCUCCGACGCCCGCAGCAGCUCAGGCUCCAAGAGCGGCCGUCGCAAAACCGGCUCUAGGUCCUCUGCUUCCUCGACAGUAAGUCGCAAGUCCUCACGGGGUGACGACCGUGAUCGUGGCUUGGGCGAUCUGUCUGCCUACCCUUCCUCCUCGGGCAGUCGAAGCAGGCGCUACGCCGAGAGCGCCGCGGACGAGUCGGUCGCUUCGAGCUAUGCGACUGCGCAACCAAAUUACUCGGACGAUCGCGUCGCUAUCGAGCGGACGUCGAAGCGCCGAGACACAGAUUACGACGAGCGAGAUGAGCGCUAUCGGGAUGACCGGGACAGAGAACGGAAGAGUGAGAGCAGGCGCGAUCGCGACCGCGAUCACGAGCGUGCUAGGCCGGAAAGAGAAGACUCGAGGGAUCGUGACAGUCGUCGUCGGGAGCAAGAGCGGGCACACUCUGGGGAUUCAUAUUUGCCACCGCUGGCGACGGGUGCGUUGCCUAUGACCAGUGCGCCGUACGGGGUUCCCAUACCGGCAACGCAAGAUCCAUCGCACUCUCCGUUCCCUAGUACUUCUACUCCCGGACAGAUAGAUGCUCCUUCACCCUCCAUCUAUGACCCACAUGUUCAGCAGCAGUUUCCUGGACAGUUCCAAAACUCUACCGAGCCUUACCGGCCGCCGAAUCCUGCCGGCGAGGCAGCCGACUACUAUGGCGACCAGGGACAGUCUGUCGCAGAGCAACCGGGUGUCCGACCGAAACCGCCGCUGGUCAUCCCCAAUAGCCAAGCACACCUCAUGACGGCCUCCCCGUCCGCAAACCCGCCGCCAGAGCCUAGCAGUGUAGGAAGCGUUGGCGCGGCAGCAGCGUACUAUACGGGCGAGACGGGUGUCGAUGCUCAACACUCUGAGCAACCCAUUUCCGGGUCUGGGUCCCGGCCGCCAAAACCUUCCAAGCCGUCGCAUUCUUCUGCCCAAGCUGGCGUCUUGGGAGCGACAGCUGGAGCGGCAGCUGCAACAUACGGUCUAGGACACUAUUCCACCGAACAAGUACUCACGGAGUCUCCCUCCACUUAUGGCAUUCCUGUUCCGACAAGCGCCAACAUACCCCCUCACUCGCAGUCUUACUCGCAGCCUCAGUGGCAAGCUCAACCACAGCCUCAUUCACAAUCUCACUCUCAUGGUGUCGGUGCUGCUGUUGGUGCUGCCGCGGCCGGUGCUGCAGCUGGCUACAUGCUAAGCCAUCAUAAUCACCAUUCAUCGUCAAGCUCCGAUCACGUCUCCCAAUACACGAUGCAGAAUCCCGACGACAUCUCUCAGAUCGGACCAGGUUUUUCCGGGCCAUCUGCAAAUCCGGCGCUAUAUGCCGCAGGAAUUGCAGGCGCUGCAGGUCUUCCAUACGCCGCCAGUCCUCUACAUCCUCAUCACGCUGCUGUCCAUCAUGGAUCUCCUUUCCAGUUUGGUGGUAUGGCUUUUCACCAACGCCAGCGUGGCCCUCUUGACAAAUUUGUUGACUUCUGGCGGGACCCUGAGGGUGUCGGGAAGUUCGAAGAUUACACUGAAGCCAUCGGUGUUUGCAAAUACUGCUUUGAACCAGGCACAACCUCAAAAGAUGCGCCACGACCUCAUCACUACAGGCGGCGCCGGUCGUCGGAUCGCGUCAGCGCUGGCUCUCGCGUCGAAAAGUUGAGUCGCUAUGCCUCUUCAGAAGACGAGGGUCGCCGGCGCAAGUCUUCAAAAUCGUCAUGGCUACCUGCAAUCCUUGGAGGAUAUGCUGUUAAGUCGCUUUUUGAUAGCAAGGAUUUUGAUGACUCAUAUAGUGUCAAAUCAGGCCGUGUCGUGGGCGCAUACCCGGACAGUGAGAGUACCUCCACUGUUUCAGACAAACGGAGCAAGACAUCGCGUGGUGUUUACAAGCGAUCGAACCGAAGUCGCUCGCCGGAACGUGUCGGUCGAGUAGAUUAUCCCGAACAGCGAGCUCCGGAACAUGAGGGGUCCCGAAUUUCCGUUCGCCCUCGCUCCCGGUCCCGGUCCCGAUCGUCAUCGAGGUCCAACCGACACACUCUUCGCGAUGCGGCAAUCGGCGCUGCGAUAGGCACCGCAGCUGUGUCCGCGGUCAAGUCCCACCAUCGCAGCCGGAGUCACAGUCGCAGCCGCAGUCGGUCCCCACGCAGAUCAAGGCGCAGAAAGUCCUCUUCUUCGGAAUCAUCUUUUGUUGAUAUUUCGAAGAAUGCUAAGAAGUCCGCCAGCGGCUUCGGCUCUUUUUUCACCGCUUCCUCUGCCAACAAGAAGCGACGGAGUAAAAGGAGCCGCAGCAUCUUUUCCUUCACCAAUUCAUCGUCUUCGUCUCUUGAUAACGAUCUCGCUUUCGGAAGCGGGUUCGCCAAGAAACUUAAAGGUAAGUCCAAGAGACGGAGUUCGAAGGAAAAGAAGGAGAAGAAUGUAGACGCGAAAUUGCUGGCGCUGGGCGCAACAGCUACGGCGUUAGCUGCUUCUUCUCCUGGUCGAAGCCGUCGGACGGGCGAGAUCCUCGUCGGUAAUGGGUCCCGCUCAGGUCGAUCGGAUUACACCUCGUCUGCUAGCAACGAUGACGGCUGGGAAGAUAUGGACUCGGACGGCCAGGCGUCCAGCGUCAGCUCUGGUCUUGCAUUCGGCGCAAGUGGCCACUUUGCUCGUGAAGAAUCGCAUUCGUCAGACUCGUCGAGUUCCGGAUGGGGGUGGGGCUGGGGAACCAAGAGUAAAAAGAAGAAGUCCAAGAGGCGAUCCAGCUCUGAGAACCGAUUCCCAACUGGUGUUGCUCUAGCUGCUGCAGGCACUGCAGGAGCGCUCGGCACGGCCGCGCUUGCCUCUGGGUACCAUCGUGACAACAAAGAACCCGGCCAAGCUCCGAGCAGCAGCACAGGAAGCCUUCAACAUGUUGCCCCAAUGCCCACUUCCGACCCAUCUCGCUUCGAAGCUGUUCCAGUUUCGUCUUUCCCUCCGGCACAGCCACAGUUGAUUCGACCUGGCCCCAUUCCUCUUCAACAACCUCAGCCGGUAACUCCCGUCUCUCAAGCUGUCUACACUUCCCAGGGAGCGCCCAUCGCGCCAUUCAACCCACCAAUCAUCCCCGUAAUGGAGAGUCCAUUCCCGUCCUAUGAAGCUCAAUCGCGCGAUGCUGCCACAGCCGUGUCUGAGCCCCAAUGGAGGCCGCCACCAGUUUUUUAUCCGGCGCCCGUCAAUGAAAUUCCGCCAGCGGGGCGCCGCCAUAACCGCAGCGACUCUACUCCUGUACUCCACACUGAGCCUUUGGAGACUGCGUCUGGAUUUACCUUGAAACGCACCUCCACCGCUAAAGACCAACCCUCUGUGCAGUUCGAUUUGACGCAGGAACAAGAGGACAAGGAGCGCCGUGCGGAACGUCUGGAGCAGCUCAAGCGCGACCUCGACCGUGAUUUGGAGCGCCAGAACCGGAUACAACUGAUCGAUCGAGAAGACCCCGUGCAACCCCGCGAUGGUGGAUAUCCUGCGGAGCUACACAAAGACCGGGAGCCCGAGCGAGAGCUCGAUCGCGAGUGGGAACGCGAACGAGAACGUGAAAGAGAACGAGAACGGGAGCGCGAGCGCGAGCGGGAAAAGCGUCUUUCCAAAGAAGAUGACUUGGAACGACUGAAGGACUCGUCGUCUUGGGCUGGCCCAGUUACUGCUGCUGCGAUAGGCGCUGUUGUGGCCUCGACUGUUGUCUCUGGCAAGUCCUCCCAUGAUGAUGCUUCCGAGACAAGUGAGAGCCGGCGUGAACGUCGACGAGCAGAGAGACGCCGCGCAACAGAUCCCACGUCCGUAUCGUCAGUCCCUCCUCCCUUGGUCUCCUCACAGUCGGACUUUACGGUGCGGCCCAAGGCAAGAGAUGUGAUUGAAGAACGUUCGAGCUCAGCUAGCCCUCCACACCACUACAAGACAUCUGCCUUCCGCGGUGUUGGUCGCAAGAAGUCUGUGUACGAUGACUACGCCACGUUCUUCUAUCCAGAGGAGUUGCGCCACAGUCCCGACUCGCACACUCGGAAGGAAUCCCCUGUAAUGCCUACAAUUAUCGAGAUCGAGCCUGCUAGCGAGAGCAAGCGCGAAACCAAGAUCGAGCAAUUCGAUGACCCACCUAUCGACUUCAAAGGCUUGGAUAGGUUGCCGUGGCCUGUACCCGAGUUGAGGGUUAUCGAGCCAACACCUCCUCACAGUACAAGUGGCUCGGUUAGAGAUGCUUUUUCGCCAAUUAUCACACCAUCAGAGCCGCCUGUGGUGGAAGAGAAGGAGCCUGAACGGCCAACUGGUUCUCGCGUUUCAUGGGGUGAGCACCAGACGCACGAAUACGAAGUCCCAUCUACAUCCUCUGAACGCAGCUCUCUUGAUUUGGAUGAAGGACGACGCCACUCCGUUGGCGAAGAGCCUCGCGAUACGCCUAUCGGCUAUACAUACAUUGCACCCUCUGCCCAUGAAACCGAAGACAUGACAGAGGAAAUUGAGUUCGCCGCGACCGUGGCGGCUGCAGCACAGGCUGCAGGAUUUGAUCCCUCACUUAUCACCGAAGAUCCUAUCUUCCGUACGCGCACUUCGCCUCCUGGAUCUGAUACCCGGGAGCGGUCCAUUUCUCCCUCGACAAGGGCGCCGCCUCCUCCUGCGCAGUUUCAUGGGUUCGUGGAAGGUGAAGUUGAGACACCCCAGACUCCAAAGGAUCAACUUUUCAGAGAUGGGCCAAUCUUUACCGAUCCCGAACCCGCCGUCCCUGAAAUCAUGGUAGAGAAGAGCCGAGACGUUGAAACCUGGGCGCCUGUCGUGGACCCUGCGACAAAACCAGUUUGGAGUGAAGCAGGCACAGUGAUCAGAGAUGUUCCGACAGAAGUUACCGACCCACAGGACAUCCAGGACAAGCCGACCACCGAAAGUCCACGAAAGGAUUCUGAAUCGCCUGAGGAAGAGUUCUUCAUGCCCGGCGGGUUUGACUCUGAGGAAGCACCGAAGAAGAUCAAGCGACGCAGCACUUCGCCUGCUGCAGAAUACGUUACCAAGUCAACUGUUUCGUAUUCGGCUGCCGAGGAACCUCAUCCCCUCCAACGGUCAGCGACUGACCCAAUUGAUUACGACAUCGAUGACGCCCCUGAGUCGACCGUUGGGGACGGGGAUGGAAGCGAGGGAAAGAAGAAGAAACGACGCAAGAGGCGCUCGAAGCGUGACAGUGGUGACUUCGACGACAAUGCCUCCGUGGCAUCGUCUGUUCUCACUGAAAGCGGCGAGAAGCGCAAGAGCACGGAAGAUAAGGGGAAGAAGUCUGGUGGUUUCCUAAGCAGCAUUUUCGGGUCUAGAGUGUCCGAGCCAGUAGAAAGCAAGAGGUCCCCUGAAAAGCUUGUAUCUCGCGAGGUUCAAUCUGAGAUCGGAACUCGCAGCUCCGAAGAGUCUUCGCGCCGCCGGCGGCAUCGCAGCUCUAGUCGGGGAGACUCCUUGGACGGUAGGCGCCACCAUGACGAUGACGGCUUGGACCGUGAAGACAGCUUGGCGGACAAGGAGAACAUCAACGUUGAGAGUUACAAGUCUAGCAGGCAACGCAGGGAAGAGCGAAGGAGGCAACGAUACGGCGACAUGGGUGGGCUGGGAGAAACGGCGGAGUUUGACAAGGAACCAAGAACCUCCCAAGAAAACGAUCGAGACCAGUCUUUUUUAGUCGAGCGCCCCGAAAUGCCAGCAACGGACGACGCAGGUGAUUAUGAUGGUGCUUCGGGGCCAUCCUCUUCGAUGGAUGUAGAGAGAAUGGACUUGUGGCUGGGCUCUAUCCCACGACGGCCUAGGAGCCACUCGACAUCGCCGCCGUCUUCGCAAAAGAUUGUCACCGACUCAGCUCCGAGAUCCAUCUCCCCUGGUCCAACAUGGGAGCGCGGCGAGGAUGGUAUGUCCCGGCCUCGACGCCCAUCAGACCUGCGCUUCGUUGACUCACCUACCGCGGUACCACUGCAUUUCCGUCCACCACCUACUUCACCAAGGCUCCAGCGAUCGCCAUCUAUCACCUCGCCUACGGCAGUUUCUCCUAGCUCCCCUAGCCAGGGACGUCGAAGCCGACCAAACUCGUCCGAGUUCAAGAACUCUCGUGAGAUUCGACCCCUCUUCCUCGUGGAGCGGCACGGGGCCAGCAAGAUUGACAACCAGCUAGACGAGCUGCUGCCUUCCCUGCCGUCAAGCAAAAGCGCCUCCUCUGAAGACCUUACUGCUCUUCCCGAUGAGCACGCCUGGGAGUCUCAGGAGUACAGCCGUGGCUUUUACGAUGCCCACCAGCCUCAGGAAUAUCAUGGCCAGGAGGGGUUAGGUUCCCAGCACACUACACCUACCCGGGCAGCCUUCAAUCUUCCCCGCCAUCUUUCUCGGAAGGACGAGCUGGGCUACGAAUUUCACUCACCUUCCGAACUGUUGCAGGACCUCAGCUCUUUCCCUGAUCUGCCACCUUCGCCGGGGAUCCUGCCUUCCGUUGAGGGAUCAACGCUCUGGGUCAAGGAGGAUGACCGCUUGGAACGCGACCUAGAGAGUCUACCUCCGCUCCCUGUGUCUCGGCCGUCGACACCAGAAGACAAGUAUAUCCCUGAAGUCGAGCAAACCACACCGACACAAGCCAAGGAACUCCCAACAACCGAUAUUCCUGGUCUCCAUGAGGGUCCAGGAUUCGCAGGUGUCGUUGACGCUGCAGUUGCCGCAGCCGUCGCCUCAUAUCCCCUCCAACCCUCGGACAGUGAGGCCCCGUACCCUGACCGAGACACCCUGGCAAAAUCCCAAUUCCACGACGCCGAAGACGAAGACGCCGUCCGAACAGUCACCGGCAACGAUGCCCCAGUACUAGCCGAUUUCUCGCCUUCCCGAACUCCGACCGGCAACAAUGACCGCUCGGGACCUUUCGAUUUCGGCGCCGUCGUUGAUGCCGCUCUAGCCGCCAAGGGCGUCACGGGCACGGGCACCGAUGACGAGCGCGCUCCAUCUGUCACCUACACGACGGAAGAUGAGUUCUUCGAUGCCACAGGCUCACCUGCUGUGACGAUUAGCCGCGAUGAGUUCGAGUUUGUCAAUGCUGAAGAAGCAAGAGGCUACGAAGGUGGCCCUGGGGCGGAGACUCCGACGACUGUGACUGGGGAUGUCUUCGAAGAUGUACUUGAGUCCAGACGCGCUUCAGAGGUGGAACCCACGCCGGAACAAGAGCGAGCGCUACAUUUUGAACCGGAGGUCAAGGCUGUCAAGGCAGAGGAGCCGCCGGUAGCAGAGCCGGAAACCGUUGUGGCGCCUGUAGAGAUUGUUCCCGAAGUGGCAGACAAGCCGACCGAGGAACUCUCUACACCAAUUGAGGCGGCGCUCGAAGCACCAGUCGAGAGACCGACCGAAGCAUCAGUUGAAACCCCAAUCGAACCUGCAGUUGAGGUACCAGUUGAAGAACCUGUCGAAGUGCCAGCCGAGGAACCUAGCGAACCUUCAUCGUCUUCGAAGAAGAAGAAUAAGAAAAAGAAGAAGAAGGGCAAGAGCGUUGAUCUAGGUGACCAGGGCGAGGAGAAGUCACUUGAGACACCGGCAGCUGAGGCCGCACCUGAGCCUGAGGUUCAGCCCGAGUUUCCCACUGUUGUUUUGGAUGGCGAGGUGAAGAAGGAUGAGGAAGUUCUUAUUCCUUCUGAGCCCGAAGCUCAGCCUGAAAUCGUUCCUGAGGUUAUGACUGAGACCGUUGCCCCCAUCAAAGAGCCUAGUUUUGCUGAACGCGAUGUUACGACUGAGGAUGGCCAACUUCCCCGUGAGAUCCAAUCGGACGCCACCGAGCUUGAGAAGGCCGGUGAACCCCUUUCACUCGAGGAGGCUGCACCCCCACAAGAUACUCCUCCAUCGGUCGAAAACAAGCGCGCCGAGGACGUCUACGCCUCUCCACUCGCCGAAUCCUCAACACCUGACGAGGCGCUGCGAUCCCAGGUCCCGGAGGUCCCGGCGACAGAAGAGCUUCCUGCAGCACAGGAUACCCUGAUUCGUCCGGAAGAAGAGACAACCGUUCCCGCUGCAGAGACACUUGGUGAGGGGAUUAAAGAAGCGCCCGCCGAGCCACUUACACCAGCAGAUAUUGAACCAAUCCAACUUCAAGAGCCUGAAGAACCCGCCUCGGAUGCUGGCCUCUCCAAGAAAGCUAAGAAAAAGAAGAAGAAGAAGGCUGCCGCUGCUACCGCCGCGGCGGCUGCCGUAGCUUUGAAGGAGUCUCUUGACAAGCAGGAGCCUGCUGAAGACCCUACUCAGGCUGAGGAUGUUACGGGGUCUGAAGAGAAAGGACCUGUUGUGGCAGAUGAGGUUACUGUACCUACAGAGCCUACCGAAUCUACACCUGCUCCCGAAGACAAUACAGCGCCAGUUACAGAUCAGGACGCUUUGGUACCCGAGGAGGCAGUGCCUGCUAAGGAUGCCCGUCCCGAGGAAUCCUCAGAUCGCCAUGUCGAGCCCACGGAAGUGCUCGACGCAGACGCACCUAAAUCUACUGAAGAAAUCUCGAAGUCUCACGUCGAGCCCGUGCCCACCGCAGGAGACGUCUCUCUAGAUGUUCAAGACGCCCCUCAGCUAGAGAAGGAUAUGGAAAUCGCGGCUACCGAUGACAAGCAAAUCCCUGUUGACGAGAUUCGGCAUCUUGAAGAUCCAGCUGUGCCUACAGAAGAGCCAACGGUCGCGCGUGAGCUUACGGAGACAGCAGUCGAGGAGCCGAAGCUUGAGCCGGAGCUGAGAGAAGAGGUUGCCUCCCAGGAACAAGCAGCCGAGAAUGAGCCUCAGACCACCCCUCAAGGAUCGGCCGAUGCACUCCGUGUGCCUGGCGAGCCUGGCCAACAAGAACAAGACUUGUCUCUACCCACCGAGGUCACUACUCUUCCGGUGCGAGCGGAGGAGGUGACCGAGCAAAAGCCUGAAGAAGAGGUCUCCCAACGGGAAACAGAAGCCUUCGAACCUUCUCUCUCGCGCAAGGCUAGCAAAAAGAAGAAGAAAAACAAGCGCAAGAGUACUGCAGAGCCGGAACCAGAAGCCGAGACAAAACCACAGGCUCUGGAGCCUCAAGCUCAACCUGAGACGUUGGAAAACUUUGAGCUUGAGCCCGAAGCAAAACCUGUUUCAGUUGAGGAUGCGCCCAAGUCGAAACAGGCAGAGGAAGUCUCUGAUGUUACGGAAAUUCCUGCUGAAGAGAAACCUGGAGAGGUUGCACCUGAAUCUGUUGUCGUUGUCGCUUCUGAUGAUGCGGAGCCUACCUUGGUCGAAGAGGAUUCUAAGGCUGGGGACCUAGAAGAGACUCCCGUCGAGCCAGUUGCCCAAGAACCUGCUCUUGAAGUCGCAGAUGAGGUUCAGGCUGCAGAUGAACCUGCCAAGGUAGAAGAGACACCAGAAGAGAGCGCGGAAGGACAACCCAAGAAAAAGAGCAAGAAAAAGAAGAACCGCAAGUCUACCCUAGUGUCUGAACCUGAACACGAAUCACAGCCUGAGCGUGAGCCCGAAACGAAGCCUGAGGAACCGGUUUCUACCACUGAAGAGGCUGUAGCCCCGCCCGAAACAAGCGGUCAAGCACCCCAACCACAGCCCCUCGAUGACAGCGAACAGCAACUCCAAGAACAGCAGGAAGACGCAGGUACCGCAGACACUCAGGCUAUCUCUGCACCCCUCGAAAAACUGGACGACGAACCAAAAUCUGUGGAGAACGCCGAGACCAAUGAUAGCGAACCACAUGUGCCCGAGCAACCAACAGUCGAGCCUGAAGCGGGGGAACCGUCUUCCUUGACAGGGAAGAAGAGCAAGAAAAAGAAGAAUAAGAAGCAAAGCGUUUCCGUGCCUGCUGAAGAAAGCUCAAUUCCCGACCUUGCUGCCGCCGCCGCGGAACUUGCGCCUCAACCAGAGACAUCUGCAGCAGACGAGCCCGCACCCGAUGCAGUCUCUGAACCGGUGACCGAGACACCUGUCGCGCUGGAAGAACAAUCAACUGCAGAGCCCAUUGUUCAAGAGCCGGCCGAAGAAAUGUCACGCGACAUUGACGUCCCUGCCGAGUCGAGCGAGGUUCCUAUCGCCGAACAGCCCGAACCAGCUGAAGCCGAGGUGGAACAGGAAUCGGCUCCUCCAAUGACUGCCGCUCAAAAGAAGAAGGCAAAGAAGGACAAGAAGAAGCGGCAAUCGUUAGCCGCCGAGGAACCUCAACCAGAAGCUGUGCCUUCUGUGCCCGUUGUCGAGAAGGAGUCGUCCGAUGUUCCCGCCGAGACUCCGAUUCAGGACGGCAAAGCUGCUAAGCCUGAGCCUGGGCAGGCGGACGUGGUUCCCGUAGCGGAACAGACUAAGGAGUUGGCCGCAGAGCAAAGCGAAACCGACGACAAGGUACCGGAAUCGUUAGAAUCGGUUGCAGGAGCAGUGACAGAGCAUAGCCCAGAGGAGGCUCAGGAAUCUGUUCCAGAACAAGCACAGGCAGAGGCCAAGGACGAGCUAGUUAUCACCAGUGAGGCAGAUACCACUAAGUCUCCAGAACUGCCUUCCAUUGCCGCGUCUGCUCCCGAAGAACCUACGACAGAGAGUCAGCCAACCUCAGAAGAGCAGAAGAUCCCUGGGCCAGAUAGCUCCGCCAUUACUGAAACUACGUUCCCAGAAGGCGAGGAAACGACAAGAGUUAUCUCCAUCCCUUCAGACGCUGUUGACCCUAAGGCAGACGACAGGUCCUCAGACGAACAACCCAGGGGCGAGCCCAUUUUAGAUGCUGAGCCUGUUGUAGAUCCUGCGAUCGUCGAACUCACCGAGGACAUCCAGGAUGAGAUGCCCGAGGAGCCACAAGCGAUUGCAGAAUCUGUUCCGGAGACGCCGACGGAAGAAACUCAGCCUAUAUCUUCUAAGAAAGACAAGAAGAAGAAAAAGAAGAAGCGCCAAUCGGUCUCCGCUGACGAGCCUGUACCUGAGGUUACGGCUACGCAAGAAGUUGAACCCUCCGAGAGUCCCGCCGAACAGCCUGCUUCUGAUACAGCGGUUGUGCCCGAUGAGCCGGUGGAGACUCAAGCAGAGCCUGCUGCAGAUAGUGUGGAGCCUUCGCAGGAGGCAGAGCAAGCUGCCGAGCCCGUUGUUACUCCUGAGGCUACUCCCGAAGGUGCGAGUGAAGAACAAGCCUCUGUCCCUCUAGAUGAGGAUAUCCGUGAGCCACCAACGGAACCCGAACCCGAACAGCCAGCCGUUGCUCAACAAGAUGCCGCUUCGAUCCCUGACGACCAAGAAACACCCAAGAACUCUAUCUCUGAAGAACCCGCCGCAGCGCCGGGGGCGAUCGAACCUCAACAACAGGAACAGGAACAGCCAGCAGAAGACCCUCAGACCACAUCCUCAAAAAAGAAGAACAAGAAGAAAAAGAAGAAGAGUCAAUCUUCCGCUAUAGAGGAGGAACCGCAUACUCCUACCGCUGAGGGACCUAUUUUAGCUGAACCAACUGAAUCCAUCACAGACUCGCCUGUCACCGCCGAACCAGAAGAGGUGGCUCCAGAGGAGUCUCCAGCUUCCGCUGUUGAAGAGUCCCAGCCGGCUGUUGCUGAAUCCGCGGACCCUGUUCCCGAAACCCCUGUUGCGGAGGAAAAGGAGCCCGAAGUUCCGGAUGCAGCACCUGCCGAGGAGGUUCAGACAGCGUCGUCAAAGAAGAAGGCGAAGAAAGAUAAGAAAAAGCGCAAGUCUGUUUCGUUUGCGGCUGAGGAACCUUCUCAGUCUGCACAACUAUCCGAAUCAACUGAGCCUGCUGAGACUACAGAAGCUCCGGUGUCUGAUGCGCCUGAAGAUCCUGCAGAGCAUCAGGAUCAGCCCACGGCGCCUUCUGAGCAGGCCGAGGAACAAAAGUCCGAAGAACCAGUCCUGACCGACGCACCAACACCUGAAGCAGAACAAAGGGAAUCAUCAAUGGAGCCCCAAACAACCACCGUGCAAGACGUCGCAACAGAUACCCCUUCAGACGAACAAUCCAAAGACGAACUUGAGGCUUCUGAGAUCACGGAGGAACCUGUCCCUUCUGCAGACCCUGAGCACAUGGACGCUGCGAAAGAUAUAAGUGAAGCCAAUAAUACCGAGGCUAAUUCAGAGCCUGAAGUAUCUGAGCCUUUCACUCCUGUGGAACCAGCCACCGAAGCCGCUGAGUCCGAAGCGGAAACUCCCAAGUCAAAAAAGUCCAAGAAAAAGAAGAAGCGCAAGACGCUCGAGCUGAAGGAGGAUGAGCCUACCGUCCCUCUAGAGGCUCCCGAGCCUGCCGAGUCUUCCGAGCGCAACUUACCAGACUUGACCGAGACGCCCACCGCCGAACCUGAUACCACACAAGUCGAGGAACCCGUUCCAGAAGCCGCCCCCGAACCAGCUUCAGAGCCCGUCGAAGAGCCUGCCCCAGAAGCUGAAAUGCAAGACGACGAACCGAAGUCCGCCAAAGCAAAGAAAAAGGCCAAGAAGGAGAAGAAGCGCCAAUCCAAGCUCCUAGCUGCCGAAAGCGAACCCUCGACACCGACCGAAGAGAAGCCUGAAGAGCCUGCUACGCCCACCGAGCCGACUGAGAUCGCAGCCGAAAAAGCGCCCCUUGAGACAACCGAAGAACAGGGCCCGGAUACCCAGAUCCCCACUGAGACGGCAAUCUCACCUGCUGAAGAUGACGAGCAGCAACAAACGGCUUCCACGGAGCCCGAGCGUGAGCGAGAAGGUGUCGAGGGGGCGGGGGUCGCCGAGCCGGUUGAGGAGACCAUUGUCCAGGUUCAGCCUGAAGUGGUAGAAGAAAUCCAACAGCCGUCAGCUGACGUAGAAGCGUCCGGCGACGUGGAUGGUGAAGACAAGAAGGAUGUUGAGAAUGAGAUGAUUCCAAGCGUGGAAGUAGCGGAAGCGAGAAACAAGCAGGUGGAGAACCUUGUUGCUUUGGAGACGGAGGUGCCAAUCGAGACCGAGACGGUGCCCGAGAAAGAUGUUCAACCCAUCGUCCCUGAAGUCGCAGACGCAGUCGAAGAGCCAAUUGCGACGGGGACAGUGGAAGAGCCGGCUUCACAACUCGAGCCUGAACCUGUUCUGGAAGCCGAACCCAGCGCACCAGCAGCCGAAGCCGAAAAGCCCGAGUCCGGGCUCCCGACAAGACAAUUGAGCAAGAAGCAGAAGAAGAAGCAGCGCCAGGCUCAGAAGGCUGCUGCUGAGGAGGAACAAGCAGCCACAGCGCUUCACGAUGACAGCGAAAAGCCUGCAGAGGCCAUUGCAGCAGAGGAGCAACCUGCUGGACCUGUGAUUCCCGAGGAGACUGAAGAUAAGGCUAUAGUCUCGGAAGUGUCCAUCGCGGACCAACAGGUGCCAGCUACUACUUCGGAAAACGACAAGAAAUCCGUUGAAGCUGCGGUGGAAGCUGCGACAGACGAAGCUCCAACCUUCGAUGUGGUUCAAGAGGGAGCUCCAGUACCUGAGACCUUGCAUGAACAGUUAACUGACGCGUCCCCUGAGGAGACUCAAGUACCUGCAGAGCCAUCUCCGAUCAUGGAGUCCAAGGAUAUCGCUGCCGACGUGGCUGAGCUUGCAGUGCCAUCCGGCUUUGACACUUCACCACAAGACCAGGCCAUGUUCCGGCCAACGGAGCUUGAACCCGUCGUCAUCGGGGAAGGCGAGAUAGACAAGGACAAGAACGAGGAAGUUGCCGUCGAAUCAACACAGGAGGACGAGCCAGUCGCUGUGCCAGAGCCCGUCCACAUUGCGCAAACUGUCACUCAGGAAGCACCUACAGCCUUGGAAAUGCCUGAGGAAGAUGUUCCGCCACCAAGCCAAGACGCGGAGGAGCCUUCUACAGGAUCAAGCAAAAAGAAAAAGAAGAAGAACAAGAAGAAGUCUGCAGCCCAAAUCGCUGAGGCUACCAAGGAGGCUCCGGUGACGGCUCCUGAAUCGGAUGUGCAAGCUGAGAUUGUCGAAGAGGCGCCGAAGGAUAAAGAACCAGAACCCGUCCCAGCCUUAUUCGAGGCCCCUGAGCUAGAAACACAGCCUGGAGUAGCUCGAGAGAUUGCGGCGGAACCCUUCGAACCUCAAGCAACUGAGUCGACCCCUGCGGAUAUUCACGAUGGACCGGAACAGCCAAUGAUUACCAGUGAGGUUGUGGAAGACGUCUCCCCAGCGCCUAUUUUGGAGACAAUUCCCGUCGACAUGAGUGGACAGGAAGACCAGUCAGAAACCACCAGGGAAAUUGAACAGAUUCCCCAGGCACAGGUCGCAGAGCCAGCUCUAGAAGCCGAAACGACCAAGGAAGAACAGCCAGUACUUCUGGCUGAGCCAGCCUUGGAGACACCACCCGAAGAGAAGACAGUCGAAGCUCCGACUCCUGUUGAAGAACCGACGCUUAGCCGGAAGCAAUCCAAGAAGCAGAAGAAGAAGGCUAAGAAGCAGGCUAAAGAGCAGCUAGAGGAGUCCUCUCCUCCUGUCGCGGCUGAGGCAGAGAAUGUGACUUAUGAUGCUGUUGCUGGUGCAGAUAUCAAGAUAGGAGAUAUUGCCGAGGCGAAAGAUGUGCCUGCUGUGGAGCAUUAUGUGUUCCCAGAAGUUAGGGAGAGCAAGGAGAAAGAUGGUAUGUCUGGCCCGGGUGAGGUGGAGCAAGGAUUGGGUCUACCUGAAGAAAAGUUUGUCCAGGAAAAGCUCCCUGAGGAGAAGGCCAUAGAGGAAGUGGUCGAGGCGCAGCAGAAUGAUGAGGCAAUUGAAGCUUUGCCUUUGGACGUCAAUUCAGAGAAAGAGCUAGACUUCCCACAGGAAAGCUCUGUGCAAGACAAGACCGAGAUUGCGGCAAAUUUGGACACUCUAAAGGAUGAUCAGGUUGAAGUACCAUCUGUUGCUCCACAAGAAACCGAAAAGGAGCCGGAGGUGCUAAGGGAAGAGCCUGUUGAGGAGAUAAAGGUGGACGAAAUGACCGAAAAGGAAGUGGAGAGACAUGUUCUCGAGGAGCGACCUACAGAACAGGAUAUGGACCCGGAAGUUGCUGAGCCUGUCACGGAGACGGAGUCGGUAGUAGUUGAGAGAGAGCUCCCAGCCGGCCCGGAGCCGGAGCCGGAACCCGAGUUUGCGCCUGUCUCAAGAAAGCUGUCGAAGAAGGAGAAAAGGAAGCUCAAGAAACAAGCUGAGACAGAAGUGGCAAAGGUUGAAGAUGAAAAGGAGGAAGCAGCUGCGGAACCUGUGGAACCAGCCAAGGAUAUCACUAUUCCACAGGCUGCAUGGAAGCCAGUUGAAGAGCAGGAAAAAGAGUUACCGCUGGAGACUAGUCGGGAGCGCUCAGCUCCAAGCGCCGAGCCAGAGAUUGAGAUGAAGGAGCAAGAGGUUGAAAUACCAGUGGAACCUGUCGAAGAUACCCCAAUUCAACCGGACCUCGAGGGAUCCAAGGGCAUUGAGCCGCCAACGGAGGAUGCGCCUCCCCUCUCAAGAAAGCUUUCCAAGAAAGAGAAGAAGAAGAAGCGCAAGGAGAGCAAGGUCGAGGAGCCUCUGGAAAGCGAGCCCAUUCCGGAACCCGCAGACCUGCCUGAGCAGACAGUUGACAAGUCCCUCGAGCCAGUCGAAGUGCAAGAGGCUCGUCAUGACGACGACGCAUGGCCUCCGAUAGACUGGGCAAAAGAAAUCCCCGAAUUCAAGGAGUCCGCCAUCCCAGAGGCUCUGAUGGAGCGCCCUGGCGAGACGCCACAGGAGGCAGCCAAAGAAAGCAGAGCUCAGCCAAUGACUGGGACAAUUGAGCGCGACGUGACAACAAGGGAUUUCCACACAAAGUCCAGCGAGUCGGCGCUGCAAACUCUCCAUGACGUGGAGAGUUCCUCUGAAAAAGCAGAAUCCAAGCCAAGCAAGAUUGCCAACAUCUUCCCAAAUCUUGAGCGAGGGUUCUUUCGCCGACCGAGCCCGACACAGUCGGUAAAAGAUGGGGCUGAGGAAGAGACCAUGGAUGAGGCGAUUCGCGACAGCGCGAUCCAGGUCUUGGAAGCUCCCAUCGCCCGAGAGGUAGAGAUGCCAGUUGAUCUCAGAGACAGUGGGUAUAUCCCUAGUCCUGCCCUUGCUCAGGACGAUGUCUUCGGCAUUUCUACGACAAGAGAUCUACCGUCUACAAAGAUUGAGAUGCCCGUGCAACCGACAUUGGUUCCCGAGCGAGGAUCUCGGUCGAUUGAGGGUACACAAGAGUCAGCGAGUCCCUGUGAUCUUCGCCGUAGCCCGUCAAUUCACGGACGGCACGAACAACAAGGACUGCCUUGGUCUCUCGAGGAGACUACAGAAGCUGGGUCGAAGCGAGACCUCUCGCCCCCAAGGCCUCUCCAUCUCGUCACAGAGCAAGAACCUGAGCGAUCCGUGGUUCGAGACGGGACGCCCCGGCUGGAAAUAAAACCGGAGCAUAUACUUCCUCGACCAGAAACCCCCGUCCGCAAAUUCACAGAGACUGCGCUUGGACGCCGCGCAUGGCCUACACCCGACAAUUCAGACGACGACUGGGAGAAGAUCGAAAAGCCCAGCCCGCGACUGUCUCCAGAUCGCGGCAUGCGACCGGGGAUCCUCAAAACUCCAGAACACGAUAAGCCGGUGCUGCGACCGAGCGGCUCAGCCAGCGCGAAGAGCAGCUCACAUUCGCUGAGACGGGUCGUGCACAGCGCCAGUGGAGAUCUGCGAGCAGCAGCACUUGCAGCGACUGCAGCGACUGCAGCGACGGCGACUGCGAUCGCGAUUGCAGGCGAAGCGCCCGAGGGGGAGCGCCAAUCACGGCCGAGGACGCCCCAGCCACAGGCUCCAGCCGCGUCUCGUUCCCCCACCGACCUGAACGUCGAGCGCAUCGCCUCCUCCUCUUCCUACGACCCCGUCACCGACAAGGGCAAACAGCCCGUUCGCAGCAUGACGGAUGUCUAUGAGGGCUGGGGCGAGACACCGAGUUCCCCCCGGUCGCCUAGUCGACCGCCCAGCAUCCGCCACCGCCGGAGUAUGCAACACCUCCAAGAGCUCGAAUUCCGCCUCGACCACUUGAUCGCAGAAAACCGUGAACUCGCUGCCGCCCGCGAUGCCGCCGAGAGUAAACUACGCAGCGCGAGCCUCGCUCGUCGCAAGAGCGACCAGGCGCUCAACACCCGUGACGCCGACCUGCGCGAUCGCGAAGCCGACCUAGAUCAACUGAAACAAUCCGUCGAAUGGUUCCAGAAGGAGGUUGCGCGACUCAAUGAAGAGAACACGGGGCUGACGACUGCCAGCGCUGCCCUCAUCGCCACCCACACACGCGAACUGCAAUCCGUACGACAAAGCUCGACUCUCGAGCUCGAGCAAUUGCGGUCGCAAAACGAGCGUCUAUCGGGCGACCUCCAUGAACGCAUCAAACAAGAGAUUGAAACGGCGCUGGCACAGAAGAACGCUGAACUUCGUCGUCUGCGCGAAGAGUUAGAGAGCGCCCGUGACAAAGUCAAGGAACUGCAGCAACAAAUCUCGGCCUCGAUGAACGACAAUGUUAUCGCCUUCCGCGGUGAAGACUACUUCGAGGCCGCAUGUCAGAAGCUCUGCGGCCAUGUGCAGCAGUGGGUCUUGCGCUUCUCCAAACAUUCCGAUCACCGUCGCUGCCGCCGGCUCAUCGACGUGCAAGACGAAAAGAUCGCCGACCGCUUCGACAAUGCCAUCCUCGACGGCUCCGACACAGACGCCUACCUCGGCGACCGGGUCCGGCGUCGCGAUAUUUUCAUGUCCGUCGUCAUGACUAUGGUGUGGGAGUUCAUCUUCACGCGCUACCUCUUCGGCAUGGACCGCGAGCAGCGACAAAAACUCAAGUCGCUCGAGAAACAACUUAUCGAAGUCGGCCCGCGCAACGCAAUCCACCGCUGGCGCGCCACAACACUCAGCCUCCUCGCGCGCCGACCGGCCUUCGCGAAACAGCGCGAAAAUGACACCGAGGCCGUCGCCCUCGAAAUCUUCGACACGCUCUCCCGCCUCCUCCCACCCCCAAGCCAGGUCGAGUCGCAACUCCUCGACUCCCUCCGCAAAGUGCUCCGCGUAGCCGUCAAUCUCUCCAUUGAGAUGCGCACGCAGCUAGCAGAAUUCAUCAUGCUGCCUCCCCUGCAGCCAGAAUACGACACCAACGGCGAUCUCGCGCGCCAGGUGUUCUUCAACGCCUCGCUCAUGAACGAGCGCAGCGGCGAAACAACCUCCAACGACGAACUGCAGGCGCAGAAUGCUGUCGUCCGCGUCGUCCUCUUCCCGCUCGUCGUGAAGAAGGGCAAUGAUGUCGGUGAAGGCGACGAAGAGGUCGUCGUCUGCCCUGCCCAGGUCCUCGUUGCGAGACCUGGUAAGGAGCGCCGGCUCAACAAGAUGACCAGCGGGGACCGCAUGUCUGUUGAGGCGAGUCGGUCGGUGCAUAGUAUUGCGCCGUCGACCAUGGACAUGAGUAUGAAUAUGAGCAUGAGCAAUGUGAUCUAGGCGUCACACUAGAUCUUGUUUCUCUGCUUCGUUCUGCUCUGGUCCCCUCUGUUCCGCCAGAAAAAAAGAUAAUUUGUUUAUGGCGUUGGUGCUUGUUGAUGUGACGAAUAUAAUGGGUUUCCUUUUCUUGCUUUUUUAAUGCGCUUUUUCCUUUUUCUAUUUCGUUCUUACGAUUUACGAUUGUCUAGAUGACGACGUUACGGCUGUACCUGUGUACAUAAUAUGAAUUACUAUUUUACUAUAAACCAUCCCCCUUAUUACGGUGUACAAGUAUUCAAGAGUAAAUAAAUCAUCUUUUCGAUUCGAUUCUGCCCGACUUCUCUUCUACUCUCACGCAAUCGCCCUAAAUCCACCUGUAUGACUUCGCCAAGAACCCCACGGCUCGACAUACAAAGUAUGCAUGUACACAAGAUCAAGCCUGCAGCUCUGUAUACACAUGCUCAAGCUCACGAUUCCUCACAGGUUCAAAAGGCUCGCCUCCCACGAAGACCGCACUAACCCUCCUAGCGCCGAUUUGAUUCCCAAGGCCCGGCAGCGACAGCGACAGAGACAGCGGCCCCGGCCCUGGCCCCGGCCCUGGCGCUAAAGGCGAAGGCGAAGGCGAGGAACCGGACGAAGGCCAAUGCCACCGCCAACACCAGUUCCAAAUCACACCCCAAGUCCGCAUCAUAUACGCGCGGAAAUGCCAGAGCACCCAGACAAGAACGGUGCCGAGCGUGAGAGAUACCGUCACGGCCCAGUAGAGCCAGAAAUCAGACGAAACGGUCCAGUCACCCUUAAGCGAAUCACUGGAGCCGCCUUGGAAGCUGAAGAAGUUUGUGCCAAAUAUACCCUGCGAAUAAGUGUUAGUGCUGGCAAGCAAUGCCUUUCGCUUUUGUGGCAGGUUGACGUACGGAAACAAAUGUCCCUGGCAGAUACACCAACCCGACUAUACCCAGCGCCUUCAUCAUCCCGCUAUCGGAGCGGGCAUCUCGACCUAAUGCUUGGGAGACCAGAUUAUACGCCUGGAUAUAACGUCAGCUGCACAUCCAUAGGGAACACAUGCACACUAUCGCUGGAACAAAGGGCAG